AUGGCCGCCAUCUCAUCCCUACAAAGCGCUCCCGAACUCGCCUUCUCGACGCUCACGAAGCGCAAGAACUGGGCCGCCAAGGAGCCCGGCGUCAUCGUCGUGUUCGCCAUCGUCGGCACCGUCGCCAUCUUCCUGAUCAGCCUGUUCGCCUACCGGAAGAUCCAGGCGAAGAGAGUUGCGAAGGAGGUGGUUUAA